AUGCCACGCUUCACAGCUCUUACCAACCUUUCCUUUGCCGCUCCCAAGCGUGCUAAAGCCUCCCGCUACCAACCGUACCCUGCCCAGUCCGUCCGUUGCGCUCUUCGUGCGAGUGCAAAGAGCCCUCUUGGGGCGAUUGGUGUCUUUGCUACCGGUGGGUUUCUUGUGACCCAAGUUACCUCUCCUGAGGUGUUUGGUGGGUCAGGCGAGGCCCAAGCUGUUCCUAGAGGAACAAAGCGUCCUUGCCCGGAGGACUUUAUUUCCACGGCUCAUAUGGCCAAGCGCCUGGAGGUGGCUACCGUUCAGGCAUUAAGAAGACCCGCUGGGAGGGGACCUCGCGGAUUUAAGUUGUCCACGAGCCCUGCCCGGCGGGUGGCUCUUAAACAAAGUCUGAGAUUGGUCAGACACGUAGUCUUUGAACUACAAAGAAGAGGAGUGAUCAGUAUGACGGGUCAAAUCAAUGACCCUUUGCCCUCAUACUGCAACAUGUCUACCACAUCUGUUCUCGCUCCUGUUCCUGUCCCUGUUCCAGUAUCUGCUUCUACGUCUUCUGCUUCUUCUUCUGUUUCUUCUUCUGCUUCUACUUCUGCUUCUGUCACCCCUCCCGUUCGUUCUAUCACCCGCUCCUCGUCACGAAUUGUCACCAAUUCUUCAUCUGGAUUCUUCUCUCCCUCACCAUCUCCAUCACCUUCUCCGUCACCUCCAUCAUCUCUCUCUCCAUCUUCUGAGCCAGAAACAUCGCUAUCUCUAUUUCAAGCAUUGUCAUCAUUAGAGUCUAUUGAAUCAUCAGAACAAUCAGAAUCAUCAUCAACAAUGGCUCUUGGUAGCACAUAUACCAAAGUGAUAAGCAUUGCUGUAGAUACAACACAGACCAUUACGUCUAGUGUUGUAUCUGUAGUAGGAGCAAUUAAAAAAUUCUUCUCUUGGGACAAAGACAAAGUCAAAGCUAAAGUCAAGGUCAAAUCCAAAGUCAUGGCAAAAUCCAAAUCUGAAAUUGAAACUGAAAAGGGAACCAGAAAAAGAGAGGAUGGGGAAAAUAUUAUCAUUAUUAUCAUUACCAUUAAUAUCAUUGUCAUUAAUAUUAUCAUCAAUAUCAAUAUCAAUAUCAUUAUCAUUAUCAUUAUCAUUAUCAUUAGUAUAGUGCUACAUAGUUUCUGUGUAGCGCAUAGACAGAGAAUUAUUUAUGUAUUAAAAGGUUUAUCAAGCAACACAUAUACCUUUAGUGGUCAAAAGGUGUUUCGAUCUCAGAAAUUAUCAGUGUCCUCUUCUUGUUAA